AUAUAUAUAUUUCACCUCUCAAAAUAUAGGAAGGGUAAUGAUGCAGCAGUUCAGCGAUUUGACAAAAGUUUAGAGGAGUUUUAUGCUCUCUGUGAUCAACUGGAGCUUUGCCUGCGGCUGGCCCACGAGUGCCUGUCGCAGAGCAUCGACAGCACAAAGCACUCUCCAAAUCUCGUACCUACAGCCACCAAGCCGGACACAGUACAAACAGAGUCUCUGUUUUACUCUCAGUAUCUCAGUAUGAUCAAAUCACAGAUUUCAUGUGCUAAAGACAUUCAUAAUGCUCUCUUAGAGUGUUCCAAAAAGAUUGCUGGGAAGGUUCAAGGAGCUUGUAAUUAGUAGCUGCCAACUGUAUUUAGUUAGCUUUUUUACAUAGCGUUGAUGCUGAUUGAAGAAUGUAUUUUUUUGUAUUUUCAAUUCCUUUUGUUUGUUUACUAUUGUGACAAAUGUACUCGUACAAUUCAAUUGAUAUAUUCUUGAAAAUAAAUG